AUGUCAAACGGUCCACCUCAGUCCAUGCCUUUACACACCCAACACCAGAACAAGGUUGAUGGGAGCUCCGACCCCGUCGCCUCAGAUACAAACGUCCAUAAUGCUGCAGCAGACUUCAACGACAUCUCCUUCCCUUACGUUUCAAACCCUCAGAUCCAGUUCCAAGCACACACAAUAGCGCCCUCGCCGCCAUUGUCCGAAUCUUCCUUUCAGCAACUUGAACCUCCUCCAGGUCAAAGACCCGGCCCGAGUCCGCUUGCGAGCAACUCUCUUCGAAUCCAGACCUCCGACUUCCACCCUAACCUACCGACACGUCCCGACAAUCACUCGAACGCCACCUUCUCUACCCCACGUCGCCCGAGUACCGGCCUCCACCACCAGACAUCAUCGUCGAGUCUGAAGCCCAUAUCUCGAACCCCGAGUUUCAAGGCCGCCAUCGCCAACAGCCUUGGGCCCGCCUCGGCGACGAGCUCGUGCAUGCCCAGCCCGAUCCUGUCGGCUAUGAGCGACGUCACCCCGCUGCCUUCGCCCUUGUUAUCAGGAGACUCGCCCGGUCCGUGGAAGCGUCUAGGUGUGCGACCGCCAUCGAGGGAUCAGAUGCCCAACCCAACGCCAGACUCCGUGCUGGUCUCAGCGACCGGCGAAUCAAUAGCAGCAGCCCUGGCCAACGCCUCGAAACGCAAAGUGUACGCCGGCCUGGUGGCAGAAGGCGCCGACGGCGCCGGCGCAAAGGGACCGGCGAACGGCAAAGCAGAACACGCGCGAAACCGAAGCAUCAGCGAAUACAACCCCGAACCGACUUACUGUCGGGGUCACAUACCAAGCCGGCGAAUGGCCCCGAUUCCGGCAAUGAACCCCACAUGCGCCGGGAGCUGA